AUGUCUGCAGGAACCCUAUACACCUUCUCCGGGUCUGGCAACAGCUACAAAAUCAGGCUAUUGGAAGUUUUUCUCAAGAUCAAGCUCGACCAUCAAGAACUUGACUUUUUGGCUGAUCAGCAACAUUCGCCAGAGUAUCUCAAAGUGAACCCGCGAGGCGAGGUCCCUACUCUCGUAGACGAAGGAAAGACAUUCAACGACUCAAGCUCCAUCCUUGUCUGGCUAGCUGGAAAAUGGAACGACGAUGGCGAGAGCAAGGGCCCAUCUUCUUAUUGGUCCAACGAUCUCUAUGAACAAUCUCAGAUCGUGGACUGGCUCUCAUUCGCCAACAGCUGGGUACAGUAUGUUUUCACAAACCGUGCCAUUCUGUCCUAUAACGGUCCCUACAACGGUCUAGGAAACAAUCAAAAGUGGCCACGGGAAAAGCUGGACGUGUUCCUCGAGGAGGGUGCUAUUCGUGGCAAUCAUUCUCUAAAGGUUUUGGACCAGCAUUUUGCAGGGAACAAAUGGCUUGCACUUGAUCGUCCGACUAUCGCGGAUAUCAGUGUGUUUGUCUAUGUUGCGCUGGCGCCAAUGGGUGACAUCUCUCUUCAGCCAUAUCCCAAUGUCAUAUCUUGGAUCGAGCGCGUGAAGCAAUUGCCAGGUUUCUUCCCAAUUGAAGGACUUGACGAUCCACUGGUUCGUCGCAGAUGA